AUAAAAAGAAAAUUAUAUAUAUAUGUGUAAAACAUAAAUUAAUAAAAUUAAAUAUAGGAUUUAGAAUUUUUAAUAACUAAUAAAGUAACCCAUAUAAUCAAUUGUUCUGGUUUAUAAAUUAAAAUUUAUGGGAAAACGUAGGAAUAAAAUAUUUAUCUUUUUAUUGGUAAGAGAAUGAUUAACAAUAAUUAUUUGAUUAAAAUGAUGAAAAUAUAAAUUAAAUAAUGAAAUUUAUUCAAGAAAGUUAAGAAUAAGGAGAAAGUACAUUAGUUCAUUCCGUAAAAGGCUAAUCUAGAUCUUGUUGUUGUUUAGCUGCUUAUUUUAUGAAAAAAUUCAAAUGGACUUUAUAUAAAACACUCGAGUUCCUAAAUACAAGAAGACCUGAUUUAGAAAUAAGAGCAAGUUUUUUCCACUAACUAACCACUUUAGAAUAAAAACUUACAAAAUAAUUAAAUGGAUUAAAAAACUCUUCUUGGGAUUAAGUAAACGAUUUAUAAAGUGAAGAGCUUUUAAUUAGAAAUACUUUUAUGAAUGCUAAAAACGGACCUAUAGCGGAUAUUUUUUGCAACCCUUAGGCUAAUUAUUUAGCUUAAAACAAAUAAAUAGUAAGCAAGAUUAAAUGGCAAGAUGAUAAUAAUUAAUAUUACAAUAAAAAUUUAAAAAAAGAAGAAAAUAAUGAUAUACUAAAAUACAAUGUCAUGAGUAAUAAAAAUAACUUAAAUUCUACAAAUACAAAUAUUAAUAAUUAAAUUCAAAAAAAUACUAAACAUUAUUCCUAUUUAUAAUCUUCAAAUAAUUAAAACUUAUAAAUAAAUGAACAAAAAAAUAUGAAUAAUAAUUAAAAUACAAAUAAUAAUUUAAAUUAAGAAAAUUUAAAAUAAAGAAGUUAUACAACUUCCGUUUUAAAUAACUCAAAUAAUAAUCCAAUUUAAAAUAUUAAUAGUAAUAUUUAAAUCCCUUAAAAUAAUAAUGCAAUAAAAAAUCAAAUCAUAAAUAAUAAUAAUGUGUAAAUUAAUAAUGAAAAGAAUAAAUAAAUUAAAACUAAUUUGCCUAUAUCUAAUAGUCCAAUUAAUCCUAAAAGUAAUCUUUUAAAUAAUAACGAAAAUAAUAAUAAUUAUUAUAAUUAAAAUGUUUAUAAAAUUAAUCAGGAUUAAGUAAAAAAUGAAAUAGAUGAAAAUUAAGAAAACAAUAAUAACCAGCAAAAAAGACCUUAAAGUGCAUCGAAUAAUUAAAAAGACUUAAAAUAAAACUUAAGGCCAAAUAUUCCUUAGUAAAAUAAUUAAUUGCUAUAAAAGAAUUAAAAUAUUAAUAACGAAAUUAAAAAUUAAUAAAGUAUUAUUAAAAAAAAUAUUAUUAAUAAUGGAAAUAUAAGUCAUUUAACAAAUCCUUAUAAACCUUAUUAAAGAGGAGAAUCACCUUCAAUUAAAUAAAAGGAAAAAAUUUAAACAGUAAUAAUCUUCAAAACAAAUAAAUGCAAAUGUAAAAGAAUAAAUGAAUCAAAUAAAUUAAAUAAUAAAUAGUAUAUAAAUUACAUAAUAAUAAAAAUUACAAAUAUUAUAAUAAUAAUAAUAAUAAUAAUAAUAAUAAUAAUAAUAAUAAUAAUAAUAAUAAAAUAAUUAAUAAUAAAAUUUUCAAUAAUCAUAUUAAUCUUAAUAAUAAUAGUUAUUAUUAUAUUAAUAAAAUUAAUUGUAAUAAUAAAACUCAUAAAAUUAUAAUUAUAAUUAAUUUAGAAAUAAUUCACCUGGGGGAUAAAUGAUUUAAAUCAAUAUAAUUAUUAAAACUACACAAAAUAAAAAUGGAAAUGA